UGGGGAGUUUGCUGAGUCAGCAACUCCUCUGAGCUGGAGGAAAAAUUAUUCCUGCCCCCUGCCAGCACUUACAUGCAGAUCCAAAAUACAGUUCCCAGAACUGUCCCUACAUAUGUUAGCAAGAAGGCAAUUGUCUGCAUAUUUUGCUGCAAGAAAGGAUGGCAACUGAUGCAGCACCGAGUGUAAUGGAUGUCCUGAAGGGAAUGCUGUGAAGUACAGCCCUGAGGGGCUUAAUCUGCUGACUGCCAGGGAGCAGGUUGUGCUUCCUGUCUCCGAGGAAGCUUGCAGACAAGACCCAGGACUGGAAGCAGGCAGAGUACCGGCCGCAGGGCUGGGGUCAUGCGGUGCAGUGCCCUUCGUUACCGCAGCCUCAUUGCAGGAACAGCGAGCUGGGAAAACUACAGUUCCCAUCACCCUUUUGUGUACGUCCCUGCGAAACUACAGUUCCCAGAACCUUUUAAAGAGCCGGAGAGGAUGUCUGUGGAAAUCGAUGCCGACGAUUUUUGCAUAACACCCCGCACCUCCGGAAUGCUGACUGGCCCAUGGUCUGUGAAAACGGGAACAGUGGGAAAGCCAGGGAGUGUCAGCGCUGUGGAGCUGUGGCUUUGCCCACCCUAAUAGCCGCAGUGAUAUCCUCCAGCGCCAAGCAACCUUCCUCCUCUCAGAACUCCCUUGGUAGUCAAAGGGAAGAUCCUGGUCCCCAGGAAACACGGCUGCUGCGGAGGGAGAGGCAGAUAAACUACAGAUCCCGGCAUUCUCCGACAGGCAGCACCUGCGGCAGUCCCUGAUGAAACUGGUGCAUACCUAAUAGAUCGGGACCCCACUUACUUUGGACCGAUUCUGAAUUUCCUCCGUCAUGGGAAGCUGGUCCUGGAUAAAGAUAUGGCUGAAGAGGGGAUCCUUGAAGAAGCUGAGUUCUAUAACAUUGGUCCUUUGAUCCGAAUAAUCAAGGAUCGAAUGGAGGAGAAGGACUACACAGUAACACAGGUGCCUCCUAAGCAUGUCUACCGUGUUCUGCAGUGCCAGGAAGAGGAGCUCACUCAGAUGGUUUCCACCAUGUCAGAUGGAUGGCGCUUUGAGCAGCUUGUGAACAUUGGCUCAUCCUAUAAUUAUGGGAAUGAGGAUCAGACAGAAUUCCUGUGUGUGGUCUCCAAGGAGUUGUACAACUCCCCCAAUGGCCUGAGCUCUGAGCCCAGCCACAAAGCCAAGACUGUCCAUCUAUUUGGGAUUGUGCUAAACUCUCUUCCUGCGGACCCUCCCUCCUGCUCCCUCCCGUGUCCAUCCCAGCACUGUCAUCUACCUCCCACAUUGCCCCACUUGCCAGCCUCCAGCAUCCAUCCCUCUGCUCUCCUUGUCCCUCAGGGCUCAGAGUGGUCUCUGCCCAGGGCCCUGUCUCUCUCUGCUCCUCACUUUUCCUCCUCUGCAGGUAUGUUACCUGUCUGCACUCCCAGCUCCUGCCAGCCUGAGCUCUGCAUGAGUGACUCACUUCCCUCUUGUGGCUGUUACAAGCCAGAGAUCUGAGGAUGUGAUCUGAACACUCCACUCCAGCCUUUUCAUUUCUUGUUUAUAUCUUUAUUUUUGUACUGCAGUGUAUGGCAGCCCCUUCUCCCACAGUGAUGCCCCCAGCCCCCUUCACUCUUCACAUGCAGCCAUUUUUUUUACAAACUCACCUCGGAGGCCUGAGCUUCCAGCCCUGGAGGAGGGCAGAUGCUGCAUGGAGCCCCUGAGCUGCUGUAGGAGCGGGAGCCCACAGCCGUCUCCUAUGCCUGGCAGUCUGGCUUUCCUUAAUGUCACAGUGGCCCCUGGUGGGGACAUCAGCGAUCAGCCACUGCAGCCUGCGGUCCCUUCCUGAGCACCCUGGAUGCAAAUGCGGACCGAGGUGGUGGCAGCUGUGGAAGAACCAGCCCUUGCCCUUUCACUGUUGCUGGCAACUGGUGUGGGCUUGUGGCCUGGGGACAGAUGCAGAGCCACCAUUCUUUUCUGGGCCACCUGUAUUGCUCGGAGGUGUCCCUGUGCUGGGUAUCACGUUCCCUAGUGCCUCCCUCCCUGUCCCCCAAAGCAGCUCUGUGCCAGCAGUGUGAGAAGGAGAAUGGUGUGCUGCCUGGGUACCAUGAACAUGCUGGUAUCUGAUGUUGUGUCAGCCAGCACCAAGCAGAUCCCAGUUUUGGGGAGCAGGGUGUUUGCUUCACUGCUGUGUCUGAAGACUCCUGAAUAAAAUUCACAGUCUGUUCCUC